CUCCCUCUAGAGGCGGAUUGUUUGGUACACUGGGACAGAGCACGACUGCUCCCUCUGCAGGCGGCUUGUUUGGGGGCGUACGAACUCAGACCGCUGCUACCCCAUCUGCAGGCCCCUUGUUCGGUGGCCCUUUAUAUGGCACGGCAUCGCCCUCUGGAGGUGGCUUGUUUGGGGGUGUACGCACUCAGAGUACGGCUGCCCCACCUAGCUCUGGACUACUUGGGAUGCCUACUAUUCGGGGACCACUACCCAGUACCGGAUUGGUUGGGGGCUUUGGAAUGCAGAGCUACACUCCGCCUUCUACCAACUUGUUCGGUAUACCUCCAGUCUCACAACCAAGUAGCGGCUUGUUUGGGUCAGCGCCUCCAAUCAACAUUGCACCUGUCCAGCCCAGUCUCUUCGGAUAUGCUGCUGCCCAACAUACCAACACAACACCGCCCAGCCUAUUCCCCGAGUCCCAGAGUGCUGCUUGGCCAGGCGUCGGCGCCAACUUCUCCACUAAUUUAGCAUCCCAGUACAUGGGUACAGCCCAGAACGGCACUGCCCAGAACAGCAGCAGCCUGUUCGGACACCCCGAGCCCUUCAGCAGUGCUACAGCGAGGCUCCACAUCAGCACUCAAGAGAAUCCCCAGCCGCCUGCCACAACGUCCAUUCCGCCAGUGUCGGUGGUCGGCCCGUCAUCGUCAACAGCCGCCCAGCCAGACACGGCCCGUGCAGCCCAAAACAGCGCCGCGUCUGGUGAAGUUAAGAGCGACGGCAGCGAGGGUGGAGUCUCUCUUUAGGACGUCGGAAAUGUAGGUCUGCUAGAUGAGGCCGUAGAGGCCAUAAAUUUGUGAUCGUCUCGGCAGAAGAAGGAUGAAAUGGGAGGGGGGACGACAUCUCUAGUACAACGGUAGUUCAAAAUGAACACGGGCAGGCGAAUUGCACAAUUUCAGCAUUGAAUCUCUCACAAAGAUUGUCAUUUCUGGGUCUACUGAGAAGAAGGAAGGGCUCAAGGCCGUUGUAGACGGCAAUCCUGCAUUCUGUGGGACACAGACAGGUAGUCAAUUUAGUACUGGGUCAAUGGACAUGUUUGCUUCACGCCGCC